GCAGCACACAGCUUCUGUUCUUCAGACUCUCAGCCCGGACUAAACUCUGAAUAUCUGGACCCUGCCAACGGACUCUGGACCGAGUUUUAGACCGAUCUGGAUUACCGCCUGUUGGGACUUUAUUCCGGGACUUUAACGGGACAGCAGCCUCUCCGCGCUGUGGAUUUUUCUUCUUAUCCUGGACCUGGUGGAUUAUUUUACUGACUUCAACAUGACGCUGGAGGAGGUCGUUGGAUCCAACAGCACCGAAAAAAAGAUGGAGACGGUGAGUCAGGCUCUGGAGGAGCUGCUGGUCGCGGCGCAGCGGCAGGACGGCCUCACGGUGGGAGUGUACGAGUCCGCCAAACUCAUGAAUGUAGACCCGGACAGUGUGGUUCUGUGCGUCCUCGCCACUGACGAGGAGGACGAGGACGACAUCGCGCUGCAGAUCCACUUCACGCUGCUGCAGGCGUUCUGCUGCGACAACGACAUCAACAUCCUGCGGCUGUCCGGCAUGAGGCGGCUGGCCCAGCUGCUGGAGGACGGAACCGACGACAGCAACGGCAACGAGCCGCGGGACCUGCACUGCAUCCUGGUCACUAACCCUCCCGUCCAGCCGCUGCAGAGUCCGGCCCUGCAGAACAUCAGCAGCUUCUGUGAGGAGAGCCGCUGCAGGAACCAGUGGGUUCCCUGCCUGGAGCUGCAGGACCGCUGAGCCGAGCCGGGCCCAGCAGAACCGAAUCAGACCGCUGCGGAGCGGUGAGAAAGAGUCCAAACAGCCGAACCUCCUGACGAGGAAUAAUGGUGUUUGAGUUGUGAGAGGCACCGGACCGAAGCGAAUCGAACCGGACCUCCUGCUGCCUGAUGAGCACUGAUUUUGCCGGAGGCGCGUGAGAUGUCGGUACCGGUACCGGACGGGUUCAGACCCGGACUCCCAUCAGAGGAUUCAGGUCCUGGAGCUGCAGAGAGGGCGCAGAGUAAUGAACUGUCACAUGGGUGUCACGUGACAGAGGACUACCUGAGCUGCAGGUGCUCACCUGUCUGCUCACACAGGAACUGAGGGGACGUGUGACGUCACGUUGUAUUAUUUCUCGUUAUGAGUGACGUAUUAACGUCAUUAUUUAAAGUGACAGAGUAAUAUAUGUGAUUAUUGAUUGUGUUGAUGAAUAAAUUAUGAAGGAGAA